UACAAAAUAUUUUAAAUAUUUAAUAUGUAUUUUCUAUCGUAAUUUAAAGUAACGUUGGGAACUGUGUGAUAUAGAUGCUAAUGUUCGUAUACAGAGAUUUUAGAAACAACAGAAUAGUCUUUAAUCUGUUUAUUGUCUAAAUCUUCUUAAAUAAUUUCAUAAAUUUUUAUGAGAUAUAUUGUUCUUAGAUUGAAAAAAGAUUUUUUUAACUCAUCAUUUAUGUGUAAUCAAUCAUACUAUAUAUCGUUUAUUGGCAUAAUUCGUUUAAUGGCAUCACGUUUAUAUGUAUCAGUAUCAUUUACAGUUUUAUAUGAAUCCUAUUUUUUAAUACUUUAUAUUAUAAUUGUAUAUAUAGAUUUUCGAAGUGACAAGAUUUUGUAAGCGUUUCCUAUUUUUAAAUUUUAAAUGUAUUUAAAUAUAAUUAUUUAAGUCUAAACAAGUCUAAACGAGUAAUAAGUUAUCACAUUUCUGCAAAUAUUUCAUCAGGAUAUGGAUAUUUUUGAAUGCAUGAAUAAAUGUUUUUUUUAUGAAUAAAUUUAAACUUUGUCUCGAAAACGUCAAGUUUCACUGAUGUUUUCAACAAAGUCGAAGGAUAUGAACAACGUUAACGGCCCACGUGCAUUUUCACAAAUAGUCAAAACCGGUUUAUUCUGCAUACAUCCUUGUCCGUUAAAAGUUCAACUUUCUCAGAAUAGAAACGCGCUGAUGAAAUAAAACGAGGACAUCGAAUUAUAGAGUUUCAAAAAUCUAGUGGACUACAAUUCUAGAGGCAAAUAUUGUUUUGUGCUACCAAUGCUGUCUUAUUUAACAUUUUGGAAUUCUCCAAACAGCUGAAAAACAGAAAUUAUUUAAGAAAAUGCAUUAUGUAAUCUAUCACAUCAUGAAAUCAAAAGAUUCUCAGUCUCAAUAAAAUUAGUGCAAGGUAAAAUUUGAAUAACAUUUCUAGUAUAUCAGUAUUAAAUGUAUGCAUCUUUUCGUAAUACGUUUUCCACUUGUUUAUGUAUUUGAUAUAAUUAUUUCAAGAGAGCAACUCGGAGAUUUUGUAAAUGUACUUAAAACGAAUACGAAGUUAGGAAUUAUGUAAAAGUGUUCUAGCAUUCACGAUCACGUAGUAGUAAUGAUAGGUAGUCGACCAAAUAUAUGCAAUUUGGAUUCAAGACGCUCAGGCACAGAUCUAGCUAUGAAGGAAAGAAACGAAUGAUAUUCUACAAUAUAAAAAUCAAGAAUAUCAAAUAUAAGAUAUAAAAAAAGACAAUGAACAGAACUAUAUAGGAUCAAUAGUAACGACUGAUGAUUAAUCAAAUAUAAUUUUAUAUAUUAUUCUUAUAAUGAGUAUUAUAGCUAUUUGUAAUUUACAACAAUUAGGUAUCUGGUCCUUUCUAUAGGUAGAAUCUGGAAAGGUGAAAGAUUGCAUGAUCUCGGAAUGCUCUAGUAUUAUUUUUCAGCAUUAUUAUUUUCGUUCAGAUUAAUUUAGAAUUUGACUGACCAAUUCGUUCACAUUGGGAUACACAAGAAAUAGAUCUCGACAUUGAUGUGUAUGUCAUGUUUAUGUAUCUGGUUCGUCACGUUUUUCUGCCCCUCUGCUCGUGAAUUCCUCUUCGUAUGUAAUCAGCCAACCGACAGAGACGUACGUUAUGCAGUAGGUGUACCGCGAUCAUACAAACCGGUUAAAUCCGUCUGAAUGCUCACGGAACUGUCGACCGAGCAUUUAAUAAUGAUAGACAUCUUGAGCUGACAUAUCUUUUUAUUGUUACAAAAGUGGCUGAAAUUCUUUUCGGCUUGGUUUUGCAUUUUAAAAUUAAAAUUCGAUUUUUCUUGGUCAGUUUCUGAACUUUUAUAAAUAUGUGCUUUAAAAAAUAACGAUACUAAACGAAAAGUUAAAGUGACAUCCAUAUGAAGCUGAUAGUGACAUAAAAAAGAAAAAUAGAAUAAAUGAAAAGAAAAUAUGGUGUUAGUGAAAAAUAUAAAAUUAUAGCGAUAUUUUAUAAAUCACUUAAACUUUCAAUGUGUACAUAAUUAGUAAAGUGUCACAGCUGAAAAUAUUUAAUAAUACUAUAAUUAUCAUUAAUCAGUUAAUAUUGAGAUGCUAAUGUUGAAUCUUUAGUAACAUAUGAGAAAGAAUAAUAUCAGUAGUGCGUAUUAUAUUAAAAAGAAGAGAAAGAAAUUGUCGCUAUUCGGUAAUACAUUCUUGUAUUGAUAAUAAAUGUUCGAGUUUGUUGAAUAUAACAUGUUUAGAGCGAUAUGAGAUUGAAGAAAACAAGUUUACCUGUUACUAAUUUUAUUAUUUGCGUAAGUCUCGUAAGGCAUCAUUUAAAUAGUAUCGAAUGAUUGCAAGUCAUCAAAUUAGUUCAAAAAGUUGCUGCUAGCAUCUAAGUGACUCGAUUCGAGCUGUGAUUCCUAAUGAUAAAAAUUCUCUAUUAAAAUAGUACAAAUAAUUUGUGAAUGUGAUAAUUGAAGAAAAGAGAAAGGAGAGAGAAAGAGCUAGAGCGAGAGAGAAAGCAUUGAAUAGGAGCCAGAAUAGGAACAAAUGGAGACGUAAUUACUAUAAUUGAAAUGUUUCUUACACGAGAUGUUAUAAAACGAUAGAAUAUUUAGUCAUUUAGUCCAAUUUAGUCCAAUCAUUAUUGCAGCACUUACGUUAUAAAGUAGAUAUUAAGUACAAACGACAAAACGGUUAUAAGAGAUGAUUCAAACAAGAUAAAAUGUAAAAUAGAAACCUUGUAUUACAAGUAUGCGGAAAAAACUCAAGCUGAGAAAAACGCACAUAAGAAACGUGGAAAUUAUUUAAUCACAAAUGCUUCAAGCAAAGUAAAACUUAAUUAAAAAAAACUAUUCGCGUAAAAAUUCUCGUAAACUUGAAGAGACAAGAGAAGGAGAUUGUUUUAUAAAUUCCUAAUUAUAAAAUAAAUCUUAAUUCGAGCGAAUAUGUAUGAAAAAGAGCAAGAUUCGUUAGAGAAAGGAGAUGCUGCAGCGAAGGACCUCGAGAUGAGCACUCUGAAGAUACCGAUUAUUCUGAACGAAGGCAGACAACAUCCCUGUACCAGCAGCUUCAACGCUCGUCACAAGGAUCCACUUUCCGUAAGGCUAGCUUCUACCUACAGAUCCUUACGAUGCCCGGCAGAAAACUAUCCGCAAGAAGUCACAAUCAAUGAUGGAAUCAUACUAGAGUCUGAUAGCGACCGGAUUGAGAUCGAUGCAGGCGAAUCGCCGCCAGCCGACGAGUCUCUUUUCUUCGACAAUCUGGAAUGUUGGAAGAACCACUAUGUGAAUGGUGCCAAGCUGAGGUCGGCUAUAUGGUCCAUCAUCGAACCUGUGGAGAAGAAGCUGUUAUUGUACAUGGAGAAAACCGGCAGGUUGCCGAACGCGUGCAACAGCGAGAGAUUACGAAACGUCGCAUACAUCUGGGCGUCCUAUCGUGGUAUGCUACAUCUUCUCCCGAAACUGGAGAAGGUUGGCGCACGCUACGACUACGUCGAGCCGCGCACCGGCAUGAACGCCAUCCUGGUCGCCUCACUGGGCGAUAAGGCGGCCUGCGUGGAAUAUCUGAUCAGGAAGGGCGCCGACGUGAACUAUGAGAGUCUGUUCACCCGUUACACCCCGCUUCAUUUCGCGGCUCUCGGCAACAGCUGGCACGCCGCGGCGACGUUACUGGACCACGGUGCCAAGCUUAACUACGUCUGCCAGGAGAUAGUCGAGCCGAUUUUGCAUAGUGCUGUUCGCGCAAAGGCGGUGGAGACGAUAAGGCUGCUGCUUGAGCGUGGUGCCAGUGUUGUCGAAAAUAAUCAUCUGGGCCAGACACCGUUGCACGUGGCCUGUUUCGUUCAAUCGAUACCGUGCGUCGAGCUGCUUUUGAACAGUACCACUGUCGGCGCACCCGGCAUCAACAUCAAUGCUGUGGACAGAGAACACAGGACGCCACUGCAUUUUGCCGUGAUGAGCACCGAUUCGUCCGCCGAGCCGGUGCAGCUACUGCUGAAACGCGGUGCAUUGGUGAAUGCAACUGACCGGGCCGGUUUCACGCCCCUUCACAUCGCCGCGCUGAACGAGCAGUCCCGUUGCGUCGAUGCCCUCAUUUGGGCGGGCGCUGACAUCAGCGCGACCACGUGUGCUGGCUUAUCCGCCUUGAAUAUUAUACUGAAGAAGAUUCCCGAGUCUCUGCAGGUUUUUCGGCAGCGGCUGGACGCCUCCAUCAGGCUGACCCGACCGGCGGCGCACAAUCGCGAAUUCGAGAUGCGAUUCCACUUCGACAUCCUCUUGCCCAGUAACAAUCAGUGCGAGACCAGCUUCAUAAACACUUUCGUACAGGAGCACCGAAAAGACCUGCUGUCGCAUCCGCUGGUUAUGGCCUUCCUGCAUCUUAAAUGGGAAAAGAUCCGUAGGCUCUAUUUGCUUAGAAUAGUCUUCUACGCCAUGAUGGUCAUGUGCAUGACCAUGUACGUGUUGACACACAAGUGUUACAACUACAACGAGGUCAGCAACUCGACAGUAUGUGCCAAAAGAGGCAUCUUCUUCCGCAGAUCGGUCAUCGAAGUCGAGUGGUAUCUCACGCUUGCGUUGAUAUGCAUCACCAUACCGAGAAAGAUAUACGGCUUCAUGGUUUACAAAUCGAUGCUACAGUACUUGUACAAUGUCGACAAUAUUCUGGAUGGCGUGGUGAUAGUAAGCGUGUUCGUCACAUCGUUCAUUUACACCGGGCGUACCUACAUCUGGCAGAAUUACGUCGGCGCGUUCGGCAUACUCUGCGCCUGGAGCAACCUGAUGCUGAUGGUGGGUCAGCUACCAGCCUUCGGUGCUUACGUCGCGAUGUUCACGCAUAUCCAAUUCGAGUUUGCCAAGUUAUUGCUGGCGUACUCGGGACUGUUGAUCGGCUUUACCAUCAGCUUCUGCGUGAUAUUCGCGAACGAGCCUGCGUUCGGCAAUCCUUUUACCGGACUGAUCAAAGUCCUAGCCAUGAUGGCCGGUGAACUGGACUUCGACGGACUUAUCAAUCAGAUGGACGAAAUGUCGUCGACCGAUUCCUACGUCAUUUAUUCACUGUCAUUGUGCUCGCAGAUUCUCUUCACGCUGUUCAUAGUGUUCGUCACUGUGAUUCUGAUGAAUCUGUUAGUCGGCAUCGCCGUGCACGAUAUACAGGGCCUGAGGAAACACGCGGGACUGACGAAAUUAGUGCGACAGACGAAAAUGAUCCUCUUCUCAGAGAUGGUGCUUCAUAAUGCCACGAUUCCGUAUACAUUCCGGAAGUGGUUGUUAGAGCACAAGAUAGAUAUCCAAAAUAAGAAACGAAUGCUCGUGGUGAAACCGCAUAAUCCACUCGAGAAGCGAUUGCCUAAAGAUAUAAUGAAAGCCGCUUAUGAGAUAGCGCAGAAGAACAUCCCCAUCGCGAAUGAAGAUGUAAAUCUGCAGGAUGCCGUUGUUGAUGCUUCGUUGAAACAACGGCAGAACAAAGAGUUUUCCGAUGCUACCUUGCCAAUGGCCAUCGAAAAACUGAUCGUUAUGGUGAAAGUGAACGAAGAUGCUGUUAAAUUGCUAAGAGCACAGAUACUAGACAUGAACAAAAUGCUGCAGACUGUCGUAUCAACGUUGGCGAAAGAAGAGCAUUCGUCAUAAAUGGCAUGACUCGAUAUCGGUAAUAUUUCCAUUAAUGUUUACGGACAUGAGCAACAAGGUGGAUAUCGAGGCCAAAGUUUCUGGUGGAGGGCCUACCGGUCAGUCGGGUGCUGUGCGUUGGGGUAUUGCAUGGGGUUU